UGAUAAUCUGCUUUAAAAAAAAAGGGAGCAAUGGGAGGUUCUUUUUUUUUUCACAGCCAAAAUACACUAAAAUUUAAAAAAGUCUAGAUUUUACAGAGGAGAUAAAAAUAAAUGAUCAGGUGGAAAUCUGGAAUCUCGUAAUCGAACUUUUUUUUUUAGUGAAACAAUAGUGUUUCUCUUACAAUUUGUUAUGGCUCUAAAACUUCAUCAUUGUAAUAAAGUUGCUUUGACCAAACGAACACAAGGUGGAAACAGUGAUGAAGCAUCAAGGUAACCUUAUUAGUCUUUUUAUCUAUUUCUCUCUUUCUCUCUCUUUUUUGUAUUAUAACCCGUGCAGGUCCCGUACAACGUACACACACACACCCCCUUUUUUCGUAAAAAAAAGAGAAGCUCUUGAUCCCGGGUUGCCUUUAAAAUUUAAACUCCAAAGAGUAAUUUAUUUAUUCUUUCUCUCUCUCACUCACUCUCACUCUCUCUCUCUCUCUCUUUCUCUCUCUUUUUCAUAAUUCCCUUUUUUUUCACUUACUACAACAAUUAUAAAAG